AUGGGAAUUGAUAUUUUAGGUUUCGCAUAUGCUGCUACUGUAGCCGCUGGUGGAAUUAUGGGCUAUGCUAAAGCAGGGUCCAUACCAUCAUUAGGAGCAGGAAUUAUUUUUGGAUCAAUUUUGGGUGUGGGUGCAUACCAACUAAGUCAGGAUCCUUCAAAUUAUACAUUAAUGUUAGGAACAACUACUUCUCUCGGUGGUCUUAUGGGAUACAGAUACUACAAUAGUCGAAAGUUCAUGCCGGCUGGUCUAAUGUUUGUAUUGUCCGUGGGAAUGCUUGCGAAACUCCUGGCUAAAAAUGUCACAGCAAGCCCUAUGUCAGUGAAGUCUAAU